AUGAAGAACAAAAAAUUGUCAACCCACCAGAGCGGGAACAAGAAACAUCACUCAUGCGAAACAUUGAAUCUUUUGACCGGAGAUACUAUCCUAAAGGCCAUGGAUGGGAAAUUGGUUACUGCACUGAUUCUAAUAGAUCUAUCUAAAGCUUUCGACAGUGUAAAUCAUACUUUUCUCCUUACAAAACUUAGCAACGUCGGGGCUUCUCCAAGCGUUGUAAAAUGGUUUGAGAGUUACUUGACCGGAAGAACUCAAUCAGUCAGAAUUGGAUCAACUGUGUCUACUCCUCUCCCUGUUUCUUAUGGUGUACCACAGGGUGCAAUUUUAUCACCUUUACUUUUUAGUAUUUAUACUAACGAUCUGCCCUCAUCAGUCCACCAUAGUAAACUUGAAUCGUACGUGGACGACUCCAAGAUAUUACUAUCUUUCACUGUGGCUAACGUGGACUGUUUAAAGCAACAACUUGAGGAAGACUUGUAUUUGAUUGCAAACAGUUGUUCCGAAAAUGAAUUGCUUAUUAACCCGGGAAAGACCAAAUACAUGCUGAUUGGCACACGGCAAAACCUACAACAACUUCCCGUAGAUAUGACCAUAAACUUCCUCAACGAGACUAUUACCCCCGUCUCCUUUGCCAAAGAUCUAGGAAUGACAAUCGACUCUUAUUUGACAUAUGACCAGCACAUCACCAACCUGGUUUCCUCAUGUAUGAAUUCCCUGUGCCAAAUAAACCGAGUCAAAAAAUGUUUCGAUAAAGAAGCUUUAACUCUCAUCGUCUCGGCACUUGUAAUGAACAAAAUGUUCUAUUGUUCAACGGUUUGGUCAAACACUUCGUCUACCAACAUUAAGAAACUACAGUUGGUACAAAAUUUUGCAUGCAGGAUAAUAACAAAUAUUGGAAAGUUCGACCAUAUUUCGCCGGGUUUACGCGAACUUAACUGGCUCCCAGUAAAGGAACAAUUACUACUAAGAGAGGCUAUUAUGAUGUACAAAUGUGUCAAUGAACUUGCUCCACAUUAUUUGAGUGAUUUAUUCACAAAACGUUCUGACAUUCAUCAACGAGAUACACGUAGCCAUGACUCACUGCAAAUACCAUUGUACAAAACUUCUGCAGGUCAAAGGUCCUUUCAUUAUAGAGGCGUUACACUCUGGAAUGAUUUGGACAUAAAGUGCAAAAAGUUAGACUCCCUAAAAACUUUCAAAAACGAACUGAAGCGAAGCAUGCUAGAACAAAUAUAUAAGUAG